AUGCCUUUUUACGUGGCGAAUAUACUUGAUGAAUGUAUUCUAGGGUUGGACUUCUUCAGGAAGACAGGUCUGAGCAGGGCGUUGGAGUCGCUCUUUGUUGCUCCCUCGAAUGAGUCGAGAAUGUCUUGUUGUCGGGAUAUCUUCUCUGAUCAGAUCGUGGCUGGGAACUGUGAUGUUCUGCAGCAUGAGAUAAAUCUUCAGGAUCCACGCCCGAUAAAGCAUGCUCCGAGGAGGAUUCCGGUGGGAAUGCGGGCUGAGGUGGAAAGGAUUCUUCAAGAAAUGAAGGAUCAGGGAGUCAUUGAAGAGUCUUUUGGCCCAUUAAAUGCGGUUACGAUCAAGGAUUCUUUUCCUCUUUCUAGAGUAGAUGAUCUUCUAGAUCAGUUGUCCGGGAACGAAUGGUUCUCCACUCUGGAUAUGAAAAGUGGGUACUGGCAAUUAAAGAUUCAGCCAGAGGAUAGGGAAAAAACUGCUUUUUCGGUAGGCAAUGGGCUGUGGCAAUUCACGGUAAUGCCUUUUGGCUUGUGCAACGCUCCGGCCACGUUUGAGCGCUCGAUGGAGCGAGUUCCCCAGCAGUUGUUGACUAAGAUUUGUUUGGUUUAUCUGGAUGACAUCGUUGUAUUCGGUAAAUCAUUUGAGGAGGAAGUGACUAAUUUGAAGAAAGUUUUUCUGAGACUCAGGGCGGCUAAUUUGAAACUUAAUCCUAAGAAAUGCAAUUUGUUUAGGAAACAGGUGAAAUAUCUUGGCCAUGUGGUUUCAGCUGAAGGGAUCUCGACGGAUCCGGAGAAAAAUGCAGCUGUGAGGGAGUGGCCUGUCCCACAAAAUAAAAAGCAGGUGAAGUUAAUCUGGACUGAGCAAUGUCAGGAGGCGUUUGCAAAUCUUAAGCAGACGUUGUCUUCUCCUCCUGUGCUCUCUUUUCUUCUUAAAGAAGGAGAGUUAAUUCUGGACACUGAUGCUUCUGGCCAUGGUGUUGGCGCGGUUUUAUCGCAGGUUCAGCGGGGGACGGAGAAGGUCAUCACUUAUUAUAGUCGGAGGAAUGUCGAGAAUUGGUGUAGGUCUUGCAAAGUUUGUGUAGCGAAAAAAGGCCCUGCGGACAAGGGUAAAUCUCCGUUGCAGGUUUUUAAUGCCGGUGCGCCUUUUGAAAAGUUGCAAAUGGACAUUCUGGGUCCUUUUUCGGCGUUUUCUUCAGGGAAUAGGUAUCUCCUAGUGGUUGUAAAUUGUUUCUCCAAGUGGGUGGAGGCUUUUCCUUUAAAGAAUAUUAGGGCGUCGACUGUGGCGGAGACAAGGACUACUGCCCUUCAUCCACAGUCUGAUGGACAGGUCGAAAGACAGCAUCAGACGAUUUUGCAGUAUUUGUCUAAAUUUUCUAAGCAUGAGGCUACGGGGGUUACUCCUGCUGAAUUGUAUUUUGGGCGUGAUUUGCAUCUGCCAUUAGAUUUGUUACGGGGCUCUUCGCCGAAUUAUUGUUCAGGUUUUUCAGAGGAUUAUAUUCGUGAAGUAGAGUCAAAAUUGGAGGAGAUUCAUCAGGAUGUUAGGGAGCGUUUAGAGAUGAAGUCGAACAAAGCAAAAAUGCGGUACGAUUUAAAAGCUAGACACGUUCUUUUUGACGUUGGGCAGAAAGUCUGGUUCUUUAAUCCUCGCAGGAGCAAGGGAAAAGCUCCUAAGUUGCAGAAGAAUUGGGAAGGGUUUUACGUAGUUGCUAUUCGAGACAUAGCUAAUGGAAAUAUGGAUGAAAGUUAUUUCCAACAGGAUGGAACUCCACCUCAUUAUGGUGUCAUUGUCCGUCAAUAUUUGAAUGAGGUCUUUCAGAACAG